AUGUCAUCUAGUUGGACACCAGACGAAUCAUCUGAAACGCUUCUUGCAGAGAAAGGUUGGUUGCAGGGUACAGUGGUCGGUGCCGUUGCAUAUGGCAUUGAAGUCGCACUGUACUUUAUGUGCUUCCACCUCCUUUUCCAGCAGAUGAACCGCAGCAACUACAAAAAGCACCUGCCUCCACUCAUAUACAUCAUCACAACUUUUAUCCUCAGCACCUUAUUUAUGGUAUCACUAGCCGAUUUCACACAACUCGCAUUCAUUCAAUAUCGCGAUUUUCCAGGUGGUCCGAACGCAUUUGAGAAUAUCAUGUUCCGCCUUCCCGUGGACAGUCUUGGAAAUGUCAGUGGUUUUCUAAUGAUAAUUCUUUCUGAUGGAUUGGUCAUGUGGCGCUGCAUGGUAUUUUCCAAAGGGUGUAUGGUGCCAAUGUGGAUCAUCAUGUUUUUCCCUUGUCUGCUGUACGUCGCAUCCACCGCUAUAGGUCUAAUGUGGCUGCUUCAAGUAACCACCAAUUCCCCGUAUCUUUCCUCGACUAGUAUCAACUACACCGUUCCAUUUCUGAGCUUCUCACUCGCACUGAACAUCAUCAUCACGAUCAUUAUCGUACUCCGUCUACUCACAUAUCGUCGUCGUAUUUCCAAAGUUUUUGGCUCUAGCUAUGGUACUCGAUACAUGUCGAUUGCCGCGAUGAUGAUCGAAUCGGCCGCUCUUUAUUCCACAUUUUCGGUGGCAUUUCUGACACUCUUCCUGCUAAACAAUCCCAUCUCGGCGACAUUUAUUGGGGCACUCACUCAGGUUCAGAUAAUUUCAAUGUUGCUCAUAAUUUUCCGAGCUACGCAAGGAAAGGGUUGGUCUCAGGAUAUCAUGUCCAGGGUCAUGACCUCGAGGCCACCAGUGCAAGUAAUCCGCAUGGAUGAUUUCAAGCACACUUUGCGGGAUGGCUCCAAAACUUUCUCCGGUUCCACUGGUAUUGGGGCGCAUGCGACCUACAAGAGUAAUGACCCCAAUUCAGCAGAAGCGGCUGUGUGA